AUGACCAGAUUCGUAGAAGCAACUAAUGAGAUACCCAACCUGAACCCCGAAGUCCACCUCCACGCCCUUAAAAGUGGCCUCCGCCCUGGGAAAUUCCAAGAGUCCAUCGUCAUAGCAAAGCCUAAAACCCUGGCCGAGUUCCGAGAAAAAGCAACAACCCAAAUCGAGUUCGACACAUACACUCCCUUCAACACAAAAAGAGAGGACAUAGUGAAAGAUAUCCUACAUUCCAAGCUCAUCAAACCACCAAGCAGAGCCGGCACCUACCAGGACCAGAGACACGUGGACAAAUUCAAGUACUGUGCUUUUCAUCAAAAGUACGGCCACACAACGGAUGAUUGUGUGAUAGCGAAGGACGUGCUUGAAAAAUUAGCACGCCAGGGACUGCUGGACAAAUACAUCGACACACGAGGUCAAAGGAAAAACACUGAAGGCCUCGGCAACCAACAAAAAACAAUCGACAACCCCCGAGACAAGGGGCGAAAGGUAGAAAACGAUAACAACCCACCCCGUCGAAUAAUAAAUUGUAUUUCUGGUGGUUUUGCAGGUGGAGGAUGCACGAGCUCGGCGCGAAAGAGGUCAUACCGAGCCAUGAUGACUAUGACAGAAUCAGUAAUACCUCGGCCGAACAACUCGGACAAACCUGGAAUAUCAUUCAACUCCGACGAUUACAAGGCCGCUGACCGAAACCUAGACGACCCUGUGGUCAUUUCUGCACAAGUUGGAGAGCCCUUGGUCAAAAAGAUCCUCAUGGACCCAGGGAGCAGUGCCGACGUAUUGUUCUAUUCAACGUUCCAGAAAAUGAACUUAUGUGACAAACUCCUACAACCGUCAUCCGGAGAACUGGUAGGUUUCUCAGGUGAGCGAGUCUCUAUCCGAGGUUAUAUUUGGUUAAAAACUACUUUUGGGGAUUACCCCAACAGCAAAACUUUAGAAAUACAAUACCUGGUAGUAGAUUGCAAAAGUCCCUAUAACAUUAUCUUAGGCAGGCCAUCGUUGAAUGCGUUCAACGCUGUUAUUUCCACUGUACAUUUGUGUGUCAAGUUUAUUUCACAGGACAACAAGGUGGUGACAAUCCAUGGAGACCAGAAGGAGGCCAGACAAUGCUAUAACGCCAGUCUAAAAAACGAACAACCAAAACACCUUGACCAGCAAUAUGUCCAAGCAGUAUAUAACUCAGACCAGCUACAUGCCCUGGCAGACUUGGACCCAAGAACAAAUAACCAGGAACGACCUAUGCCCCUUGAUGACCUCACCAAAGUACAAUUGGCAAGCAACAAAGAUAGAUACACAUACCUCGGAAACGCACUAAAGGAAGCAGAACGAACUCAACUGGUGGAACUCUUGAGACAAAACAUCGACUUAUUCGCCUGGACUCCAGCAGAUAUGCCCGGAAUUGACCCGAACGUUAUCUGCCACAAACUUGCAAUAAACCCGUCAAUCCGACCUAUAGCCCAGAAGAAGAGACACUUAGGAACUGACAAGAGGACAGCCUCCUUGGAGGAAACCCAGAAAUUAUUAUCCGCCGGGUUCAUCAAGGAGCUCAAGUAUUCAACGUGGUUGGCCAACGUCGUGAUGGUAAAGAAAAAUAAUGGCAAAUGGAGGAUCUUUAUGGAUGCCUACUCCGGUUACAACCAAAUCCUAAUGCACGAAGGAGAUCAAGACAAAACCGCCUUCAUCACCGACAACGGUAACUUCUGCUACAAAGUCAUGUCAUUCGGACUCAAAAACGCAGGCGCCACUUACCAACGCCUCAUGGAUAAGAUCUUCUCAAAACAAAUUGGACGAAACAUAGAAGUCUAUGUCGACGACAUGGUAGCAAAAUCAACACAAACGUCAAACCACGCCGACGACUUAACAGAGAUCUUCCAACAACUUCGGAAAUACAAUAUGAAACUCAACCCUGAGAAAUGUGCCUUUGGGGUACAAAGUGGGAAAUUUCUCGGCUUCAUGCUCACGUGCCGAGGUAUAGAAGCAAACCCAGAAAAAUGCCAAGCCAUUCUUAAUAUGCGAAGUCCGAGGACAAUAAAGGAAGUGCAGCAAUUGACCGGCCGACUUGCGGCACUCGCAAGGUUCCUACCAUGUAUAGCGCAACGAUCGCAUCACUUCUUCAAAAAGUUGAGAAAACAAGAACAAUUCCACUGGUCCGAAGAAUGUGAAAUAGCCUUCACAGAACUCAAAACACUACUCACAACACCCCCAAUCCUCCGAACGCUAGAAACAGGUAAACCGCUAUAUCUGUACUUAUCGAUCACUUACUACGCUAUCAGCUCCGUUUUGGUAACAGAAAUAGACAAACAACAGCAUCCGGUAUACUUCGUCAGCAAAUCACUUCAGGGUGCCGAGUCCCGCUAUCCAAAGCUAGAAAGAUUAGCUUUAGCACUUGUUAUAACAGCCAGACGACUACGGCACUACUUUCAAAGCCACACCAUCAUAGUCAGAACAGAACAACCCUUAAGACAAAUACUGACGAGGCCCGAACUGGCGGGAAGGCUAAUCAAGUGGUCCAUCGAGCUUUCAGAAUAUGACAUACAAUACCAGUCCAGAGGCGCUAUCAAAUCACAAGCGUUAGCCGACUUCGUCGCCAAACUGACACAAGAAGACACAUCUCCUCAGGAAGACCCAUGGACGCUAUACGUCGACGGGGCCUCAAACAGCAAAGGCUCCGGAGCAGGAAUACUCCUCGAAAACAGCCAGGGAAUACAACUCGAACAAUCACUACAAUUCACCUUCCAGGCAAGUAAUAACCAAGCAGAAUACGAAGCUUUAAUAGCAGGACUAUGCCUAGCACAGACCAUGGGAAUAACAAAAAUAAACGUCAAGUGCGACUCACUCUUAGUAGUGCAACAAGUAACAGGUAAUUUUCAGGUAAAAGAUCCACUUCUUGAGAAAUACAACGCAAUGGUUAACAACCUCAUCAGAAGAUUCGACAGAUUCGAUAUUCUUCAUAUACCAAGGGAACAAAACAACAGAGCAGAUCUCCUCUCCAAGUUGGCAACAACAAGAAGUCAAUACAACAGCCCCGUGUUGUCACAACUAACACUGGACGAACCCAGCGUCACCUUAACAACAAUGGCUAGUGUUUCAUAG